UGCAAGGCAAGGUAGUUAUGCAGAGCUUUAAGGCGAAGCAAAAAGAGGUUAAGCGCCCGCAACCCACUCGAAAAUCCUACAUACCUACUUCGUACAUACUGACAUAUCCCUCAAUCCAUGUAAAUUGUCCCUCUUUUCCAUACUUACCUGACAUACCGCUUCUAUUAGUAUUCAUUUUAAGCCGCUCACCAAUACCGUACCCACCGACGCGUCUCUGCUGCAGUGCGAUAGACUAAAGUCUAAGAGCAAUAUCUGUUGAGCCUAAUCCGCUCUUUUGGAAUCAUGGGCUCCUUGCUUUCUGAUCGCGCGUAUAUUGGAACACGGUGAAAGGUCUAUGUUAGGAUAUUGGCUGGAAACAGAUGGGCCAACCUGAGGCGAGAAUACAAAAGUCGGACGCGAUGAGCCGCGAUUUUGUACAUUUAACUUGGAACCCCCAUUUGUCGCCCGGUUCCGUGGAUUCGGGAUCAGACUCCACCGAAUAUGGACAAGAAGCGACUUUAGAGUCGUUGAGGACAACUAGCAGCGAGCUUAUGGUAAUACCCGGAGUGAUCGGAUCGUCCAGUAGUUCGGGACAGACUCCGAAGCCGAAGCCGAAGCCGAAGUCGAUAGAUUCUAAUCGCGGCCAUCGUAAACGAACACAUGCUCCCGAAGUCUGGGAAACGCAUAAGGCGGAGAUUGGCCGUCUUUACCUGGACGAGAAUAAACGGCUCAAGGAUGUGAUGGAAAUUAUGGAGAACCGAUGGGGCUUCCGAGCAUCUCAAAAGAUGUACAAGACGAAGCUCACGCAAUGGAAAUUCUUCAAGAACAAUCGCCAAGUUGACGUAGCAAAUCUCCUUUACUUACAGCGUCACCGUCUGGCCAUCGGCAAAGAGAGUACUUUCCGUAGAAAUGGUAAAUUAAUCGACGUAGAGGCGUAUAUGAGGAGAAGAGGGGUCAGCGCGUUCGAUCUCGUCGAAGUGGCGGACUCGGGCGACUUGCCACCAACUGUAAGAUGCCGGACACCGCCUUUAAUCCCGAGGCUCCUGGACUCCCCUGGCGACCUCUGUAUCAAGGAGAGAUUCUUCCAAUGGACAUCUCAGAAAUUCAUCAAGCCCCGCCCAAUAGAAACCGACUAUCUGAAGAAGCUGGACGCCCAUCAUACGAGUAAUGCCCUCGUUUCUGUCCAGCUGCUGACCCACGGAUGUUGGCUCUUCUCAAAAGGCCGUAAUCAGGAGGGUGGUUGGUUCUGUCGGGGCGCUUUUGCCCUUCUACACCAUAUUCUCGAAACAUCUGCGUCCCUAUCCUUCUUCGAAAUGAUGAUGGCGAUCCGGAGGUAUCCGAACGCAGAGAUUAUGAGGGAACUUUGGAGCUAUCUCUCGCGGUACGCUGCCGCUAUCGAUGGGGUGAACCAACCGCUGCAUCGGGUAUUGGUGUCUUUCGCCAGGUUUUCACAGCAGCACAGUUUAGAACAUAAUGUCAACGUAUUAGACUGGGCCCUGCAGUGGGCCUCGGGUAGGUUUAAUAGCUCGUUCGACGGUAAACCAUUUGACUACACCCUACUGAAGCCGUGGGAUCUCGGACCUAUAUGGGAUUCAUAUCACCGGUACUACUUAUGCCUGAACCAUUGGGAAGUUGAUAAGAUACCAACGGCAACCCUACCAAAUCUAGACAAGUUUCAGGAUCCUUCAAACUUGAGAGCAGACUUACUACUUAUCUUUGGAAAUCAAUGUAGUUGGCGCGAUGAUAGACUCCCAAAAGUCGCGUUGGAAGUUCUAGAGCAGAACCAGUCGUCUCCUAAGCCUUCGGACUACCUCGAAUUUGUCGGCGAGUACUGUAUGGCCCGUUAUAGCAAGGCGCGGUCUGAUGGGGACGAUCCUACGACGAGCGUCAACCAUAAACUAGCGAGGGAAUACCUUGAGUCGGCAGCUAAUCUCCAAGGGAAAGCUUGGCCCCCUGGAAAGAAUUAUUACGAAACCCUAACACUUCUCGAAAGCUGGUAUCAAGAGGCCAGCGACUACGAAUCUGCAGACUCCACUCGAAGAAAACGCGAUCAUGAUUGCACAAAUAUAUUCAACUCACUAUCCAGAUAGGCAAUCUAAAUACUAUGGAAGCUAUUUACUGGGUAGCAUUGGAUAUCUCGUCCUUCCGGGAUUUCAUCCGGCAGCAUUGUUUCUUGCCAAGCCAAGAUGCGAUAUAUGCUCUCUUUUUAUAUUUAGAAACCUCACACGAAUGAUGACAUUAGCUAAAUAAGAACAGCCCUUGAAGAACAAAGAGAUUAUCGUGGAGAUGCGGUUUCUCAGAUUACUAUGUAGCUAGGAUAUAAAAUGUGAUGUGCCGUGGCACACUACACGUUAUGUGAUUGGUUUGGGUUUAUAGCUUGCCUACAUUAAUAACAAUCAAUGAACUAUACUAGUCACGUCCCAUCCGGCAUGAUAUAGCCAUGCCUCUUGUUCUAUACGUGGUUGACCAACCUACUCUGUUUAUACCGCCAAGUUCUAUUCCAGACCUAGAGACUCUCCGUGCAGCCACAAAUAUCCAUAUGGCCUCGGCCCCUCUCGUCCGUCGUGUAGCUAGGGUUAACGCUAACUCCAAAAUGAGGUUGCAAUUAAUUAGCCGGCAAUACUACACCACCCAUGGCUGUGAUCGUGUGGGGAAAGGGGGGCGAUCAGCCCCAAGAGGUCUGCUGAACGCUGGGGUAACAGAAGAUC